AUGACACUAACGUUGCAAUUUUCUGUCGCAUUACAAAAUAGGUAAUGAUAUUCAUACUUAUCAACGACUAUUAGCGUUAAAAGCCUACAACUAAAUUGUACUAAAGCAAAAAACAUCACUUAAAAUUGAACAAAAUAUAUGGAAAUGAUGAUGAUGAUGAUGAUGGUGAUGGUGAUGAUGGUGGUGGUGAUGAUGGUGAUGAUGAUGGUGAUUAUGGUGAUAAAAAUGGUGGCGAUGGUAAAUAUGGUAGUGUUAUGGUGUUGAUGGUGAUGGUGAGGAUGAGAAUUAUAGCCGUGAUAAUGAUUAUCACACUGAUAAUAAAUUCUUAUUAAAUUUUUUUCUCCAGACUUUGAUGGAUACGCGGUUACGAAUUUAACACUGGUAGUUCCCGACUUUCCAUGGGACUCAGCAUACAGUCAAACUACCAGCCCAGCGUAUAGAAUCUUGAACGAAAAUAUAACAACUUUAGUAAGUUCAAGUUUCAUUUACGCGUGCGUAACAACAUCAAAGCGCACCGCUUAAGACGCUUAUCUUAUGAUGGCGUUGUAGUGACAACCAUGUACUACUAUCCUCAACUAGACUUAGUAAAUACUACAUUCUCUUGUUAUUUCUGGCUUUUCUUUUCAUAUUAAAAACCUCAAUUUAAAUAUUACGGUUACUUAAAGUAUCUCUAUUUUCAAUCUUAGGGAGCGGUCAUUAUUUAUUGAGGGUACGUUUAAGAGAUAUGUUUUUCUUGGCAAAAAUAUUUGCUGAUCCAACCAUUAAAAAGUCAAAAAACAUUUUUUUAGCCAAUCUCAAAUAUCAACUAAAUAAUAAACACCCACCCCUGGCCAAAAACACGAGUUUGAUAACUGCUUGUGCAAUUUUCUGCAGUCUAAAGUUUCAUGUUGUCUGCACAUGUACUUUCUUUGGAGACACCAUUUGCCUCCUGACAAAUCGGAAAAUGAUCAAGAUAGUGACUCUGAUUGAUUCACAUAUUGUAUUGACAUAUGACUGUUGACAUUGCUUUUUAGUCUUCAAUAUUUGAGCGAGUCAUGCUUUGGAAAUGACAAUACAGUGAAGGUUUAUUACCCAACCCCUGAGUUGUUUUGUUUUUCAUUUUAAUAGCUGACAUUUUACUCACUUCCAAUUUUGUUUAUUCAAACUUUUCUCUUCGGUGUCACUCCCCGCCAUAGAUAAUGGCUGCUCCCUUAAUCGCAAUCCUAACCAUAUUCUUAAAAGCCGAACAGUAAUCGUAAAGCGAACGAUUAAUCGUAACUCUAUAACCCUUAACCCUAAUUUUUGUGAUAUCAUGUGAAAAGUCACCCUUUGUAUUCCCACUGCGAUAAAUUUGUGAUCUUUUGCUGUAGAUAAACGACAUAUACGACUACGAGAAAGAUAUUGGCUUUAAAUCUGUUGAUAUGAAGAAUCUUCAAGACAAGUUAGUACUUGUAGUAUACACGUAAAACGGGCGAACUGUUACAGAUCUACAAACAAGUUGCAACAAGGUUGUUGUGAAGCCGAUAUCAGGAUGUGUUCGCACUGCUUGUUCCCAGUUGUUGUGACAAGUCUGGAACACGUUGCUGUUACAAGGUUGAUGACGAUAACAAACUUGUUACAAGUUGUUCUAACAAGACUAAUACAGGCUGUUCGUAACAAGUUGCUACGAGCUUGUUGUCGUCAACUUGUUAACAACUUGUUACGUGCAGACGAUAUCAGACUUGUUGGAACAACUUGUUGCGAGUCUGUUGGCCUCAUCAACUCUGUUACAAGAUGAUGACAACUUGGUCCAGACUUAUCAACAACUGGGAACAAGCAGUGCGAACACAACUUGUUGACAAGUUGUGAGAUUUUUUAUACGCGUGUACAACUCUCAAUUCUAUAUAUUUACCACCAAACAAAAGACUAUGCGCGUAAAAAUCUCCCAUCUUGUAGUAAGUUUGCCAAUAUAAGCCGUCAACAAGUUGUGUUCGCACUGCUUGUCCCAAGUUGUCAACAACUUUGAAACAAGCUGUUAAUCUUGUUGAUAUUAUCAGACUUGUUGCAAGGUUGUUCCAACAAGUCCGAUACAGUCAUGAUAUAACAAUAUUGUUACAACUUUGUGUCGUUAACCUUGUAACAUUCUUGUUAUAUCAUGACUGUAUCAGACUUGUUAGAACAACCUUGUAACAAAUCUGAUAAUGCCAUCAAGCUUGUUACAAGUAGUUAACAGCUUGUUCGAAACUUGUUACAACAACUGGGAACAAGCAGUGCGAACACAACUUGUCGACAACUUGUGAACAGAUUUGUAACAACUUGUUUACAGAGUUGCUCCAAGAUGUGAGAUUUCUGCGCUUGUACUAAAUACAACGAGAAGCAUUACCAUCGUUUUCUCACUCUGAUAACUGCAGGUUGACCCACCAUCGGCUGCACGAUAAUGCUUUGUCAAAACCAUACACCGUGUCCUCUUAUACAACGUUCAUACGUAAACUAUUUCUUCACUUGCUAUGUCUCUGGCGUUUUUGUAGUGGCGGUAACCUGCAACUGACUUUGGUGCUAAAUUUUACCGAAGUAGGAUGGCAGAAUGGCUUUGGGCUAUUUAGAUCCUUCAAUGAGAGCAGAUUUUUUAACAGGACACCGGAAGUAAAGGAUUGCAAGUUUAAAUUUCGUAAGUGAUUGACAAUAUUAAGCAUGUAUCAGCACGUUAAAAAAAAAUAACUUAAUACUGGAUAGUUCUUCUCUGUUUGUUCUAAACUGUUCUCACUAGAGGUCCAGUAAGGGUCAUCUCUUAUUGAUCCAGUGUUACUACAGGAGGAAACCUAAACUAAACUAAACUAACUUUAUUUGUUCUGGAUAGCUCUAUCAGUUCUGAACUGUUCUUCCUAGAGGUCCAGUAAGGAUCAUCUCUUAUUCAUCCAGUGUUACUACAGGAGGAAACCUAAACUAAACUAACUUUAUAUUUAUACUGGAUAGCUCUAUGAGUUCUAAACUGUUCUUCCUAGAGGUCCAGUAAGGAUCAUUUCUUAUUGAUGGGGGAAAUCUAAACUAAACUAACUUUAUUUAUACUGGAUAGCUCCAUCAGUUCUAAACUGUUCUCCCUAGAGAUCCAGUAAGGAUCAUCUCUUAUUGGUCCAGUGUUAUUACAGGAGGAAAUCUAAACUAAACUAACUUUAUUUAUACUAGAUAGCUUUAUCAGUUCUGAACUAUUCUCCCUGGAGAUCCAGUAAGGAUCAUCUCCCAUUGAUCCAGUGUUACUACAGGAGAAAACCUAAACUAAGCUAACUUUAUUUAUACUGUAUAGCUCUAUCACUUCUAAACUGUUCUUCUUAGAGGUCCAAUAAGAGCCUAAGUGGUGUACAAGGGAAAACUAAAUCAACUCGUUUUCAUUUCUUACAGAAUCCUGUCACGAUAUAGUUCUUGAUGAAGUUUUCCCGUCUGGUGAUCCGAAUAGAGCCGAUGCGUAUUUCUACCCUGUAGCGGAAGAUAUCGAGGACACAUACUAUGCCGGUUACAAUAUUAUAGCAUAUUUAAUUGGCGGAACCAGGGACGACGUGUGGAUUGGUCAUGCGAAACCAACCACUGCAGGUCGUGCUCACGGGACAGUACACUGCGGUCCUUAUAAACUUGUUGCUAUUACCGUGCAACUAAGAACCUUGAAAGGAGCUGGAUUUCGUUGCUCAAAUUUUGGUUUAGUUCAUACCAUCGAAGGACGUGAGUCAAUGGCAGUUUUAUAUAUAAGAAAUGACCCUCACUCAACUUCUACUACACACGUAAAACGCACAAGUUGUUACAAGUCUGCAAACAAGUUGUUACCAAUCUGUUCACAAGCUGUCGACAAGUUGUGUUCGCACUGCUUGUUCCCAGUUGUUGUAACAAGUUUGGAAUUAACAAGUUUGAUGGCAUUAUCAGACUUAUAAAAAGGAUGUUACGUGGUGGACGACACAAGGUUGUAACAAUACUGUUUUAUCAUGACUGUAUCAGACUUGUUGGAACAACCUUGCAACAAGUCUGAUAAUAGCAACAAAGUUGUUACAAUUAUUAACAAGUUGUUCCAUACUUGAUGACAACUUGGGACAAGCAGUGCGAACACAACUUGUUGACGGCUGGUUGGCAGACUUGCGACAACAUGUGAGAUUUUUUCCCUGUAGUAGGGAGAACAGUUUAGAACUGAUAGAGCUAUCCAGUAUAAAUAAAGUUAGUUUAGUUUAGGUUUCCUCCUGUAGUAACACUGGAUCAAUAAGGGAUGAUCCUUACUGGACCUUUAUAGGAAGAACAGUUUAGAACUGUUAGAGUUAUCCAGUAUAAAUAAAGUUAGUUUAGUUUAGGUUUCCUCCUGUAGUAACACUGGAUCAAUAAGGGAUGAUCCUUACUGGACCUUUAUAGGAAGAACAGUUUAGAACUGUUAGAGCUAUCCAGUAUAAAUAAAGUUAGUUUAGUUUAGGUUUCCUUCUGUAGUAACACUGGAUCAGUAAGGGAUGAUCCUUACUGGACCUUUAUAGGAAGAACAGUUUAGAACUGUUAGAGCUCUGUUCUUCCUAGAGGUCCAGUAAGAGAUGACUCUUACAAUUGUGAAGGCUAUACAACUACCUGAUAAAUAUAAGCAGAACUUGAUUGUUUUGAGCGAAGGUUUUUCGUUGGGAAGGUGGCACCUUCCAGUAUAAAUGAAUAAGUGUACACGAAUUCUGCUGGUGUAUAUUACUGUGAUAUUUUUUUGUGUGUUUUCAGCUCCCUCGGAAGGGCCGAAAAAUUUAAGAGUUGUAUCACUAAGCGCGUUUAACGUGUCGGUUGUUUGGGGAAAUAUUACCGAAGAAAAAAGGAAUGGCAUUAUUCAAAAGUAUAACAUACAUAUCCAUGACAGUAACGGCUUCCUUAGCUCUAGGUGCUGUGUGUUGGUGAAUGAAACUCGAAUAGCUACAUUCCCCAUUCUACGGCCCGCCAAAAAAUAUACCGUGUAUGUUUGUGGAUAUACAUCACAUCAUAAAUGUGGAUCUUGGGCUUCCGUUAAGUUUCAUUCAACUGCAUUGUGUAAGUAUAUUUAUUAUAUAGACAUAGUAGAGAGUGAGAUACUGAAAAAUACACAGUGAGAUAUUUUCCAUAUCUUCACUAUAGUGAAGAUAUCGAUCACGUGACUUUCAGUAUUUACACAAUUUUUUGCUUAGGAUUAUAUAAUAAACAGAACAUUGCACGGUGCCUUGAAGAUAUGACUUUUAUCUUCUCGUGUUAAAAACAAUAUUUUACUGACUCGCUGCGCUCGUUCGUAAAAUAUUGUUUUCACCACUCGAAGAUAAAAGUUAUAUCUUCGCGCCGCCGUGUAAUAUUCUCUAUAUCUUUCUCUCUAUAUAUAUAUAUAUAUAUAUUGAAAAUUUUCUCGAGUGCAUGAGUAUUUUAUAAUUUCCAGACCGCGCGCAAGCAGAAAGAUAUUAGAGAGGUUAAGAUAACUGUGUUAGAGAGAUUUCUGUGUUAGAGAGAUGUCUGUGUUAGAGAGAUGUCUGUGUUAGAGAGAUGUCUGUGUUAGAGAGAUGUCUGUGUUAGAGAGAUGUCUGUGUUAGAGAGAUGUCUGUGUUAGAGAGAUGUUUGUGUUAGAGAGAUUUCUGUGUUAGAGAGAUGUCUGUGUUAGAGAGAUGUCUGUGUUAGAGAGAUGCUGUGCUGAGUGGUUAUAUUACUACCUUAAAAAAUAAGCAGAAACUCGACGUUUCGAGCGAAGAUCCUUCAUCAAGACUAACUCUUGACGAAGGGCCUUCGUCCAUUAACUCUUGACGAGGGGCGUUCGUUCGAAACGUCGAGUUUCUGCUUAUUUUUUAGAGAGAUGUCUGUCUUAGAGAGGUCUCUAUCUUAGAGAGAUGUUUGUGUUAGAGAGAUGUGUGUCUCAGAAAGAUAUUUCUUAAUAUAGUUCAUAUCUAUUUUUUCUAUUUUCUGUUUCAGUGCCUGGAAAAGCACCAAGAAAUCUUGAGGUUUAUCCCAGCCCUAGGACAGCUUGGUUAGAUUGGAAAGUCGUACAUCCAUAUUAUCAAUAUGGCAAACAAAUAAGUUACCGGAUCAUAGUGAAAAAUUUGAGAACUGAAGAACUAGAUUUUGGCCAUCACGUUGCCGUACAAGAUCAAUCGAAAAUUGAUUAUGGUAGAUUGCUUGAUGGUUUGAAAGGACUCACAAAUUAUCAAUUGAACGUGUCUUUGAUAAAUGAGGUUGGAGAAGGGCCUAUAACCAGUUUUUUGUUUGCAACUCCCGAAGGAG